ACCGCCUACAUAGGCCUCGUAAUUCUUGCACGAUACCCGAGACUCGCCACACAUUCCGUUCUAUCCAUCCAUACUUGAUUGCCAGGGUCGACGGCAUGCCUGCAUUCUACUGUCCAUAUACCAUACUUAUUACUUUCCCUUUCAUUGUCACAUAUCACUACGAUUACCGUCACGUUCCAUUGAACGGUCACGAAAAUCAACGUAUCGCUUUCAUACACUACCCCCAAAAAGAGCUUGGAGUCUUAAUUCGGUCACUGUUGUUGUUGUUGUUGCUUCUGUUGCUUAUCUUUACCAAUUGGGGAAUAUCUGCUUAGGCAAAGGCAUGGCAUGGGGUAUGGUUAUCACUACUGUAUUACCUCAUGAAAUAAUGGGUGCUUGACGGGAUCU